AUGGAAAAUUCUAAUCAAACAUUAACUGAUUUUAUUUUAUUGGGGAUGUUUCCACCAUCAAACAUUGGCCUGUUCUUCUUCAUUCUUAUUGUUCUCAUUUUCCUAACGGCUCUGUUUGGCAACCUGUCCAUGAUCCUUCUCAUCUUCCUGAACACUCAUCUCCACACACCCAAGUAUUUUUUACUUAGUCAGCUCUCCAUCAUUGACUUGAAUUACAUCUCCACCAUUGUCCCAAAAAUGGUUUCUAAUUUUCUCUUUGGAAACAAAUCUAUCUCCUUCAUUGGAUGUGGGGUUCAGAGAUUCUUUUUCUUGACUUUAGGAGGUGCAGAAGCACUGCUCUUGACAUCUAUGGCUUAUGAUCGUUAUGUGGCUAUUUGCUUUCCUCUCCACUAUCCCAUUCAUAUGAGCAAAAGAGUGUGUGUGCUGAUGAUAACAGGAUCUUGGAUAAUGGGCUCUAUCAACUCCUGUGCCCACACUGCAUAUGCCCUCCAAAUCUCCUACUGUCAAUCCAGGGCCAUCAACCAUUUUUUCUGAGAUGUCCCAGCCAUGUUGACUCUGGCCUGCAUGGAUACCUGGGUCUAUGAGUACACAGUGUUUGUGAGUACUGCCCUCUUCCUUGUGUUGCCUUUCAUUGGCACUGCAUGCUCAUAUGGCCAGGUUCUCCUUGCUGUCUACCGCAUGCACUCAGCAGAAGGGAAGAAGAAGGCCUAUUCCACCUGCACCACUCAGCUCACUGUGGUGACUUUCUAUUAUGCUCCAUUUGCUUACACUUAUCUACGUCCAAGAUCCCUCAGAUCUCCAACAGAGGACAAGGUUCUGGCUGUCUUCUACACCAUCCUGACCCCAAUGCUCAACCCCAUCAUCUACAGCCUGAGAAACAAGGAGGUGAUGGGGGCUCUAAGAAGAAUGAUUCAGAGAAUCUUUGCUGUGAAAAUGUAG